GGGGGCGGGCGUAGCUAAGAAAAUUAUACGGUCAUUUGAAUUGCGCUUGCUAGCGAGCGUAUUGCCUACAAUGAUCCCAGAUAUGGUAUCAAUUAUUGCGGCAAUGAGCGGAUGAUGAUCGCGUGGUCAAAGUCGAUGCGCACAGACCCACAGCUCAUCGCGGUAUUACAGCAGGAGGGGAUCCCGGUGCGUGUGUGCGUGUGCCUGUCGCUUCGUGCGUUUCUGUGAGCCGCUGUCGGGGCCAAAGACGGGUCUGGCCGGGCUAGCCUGUAAGCCGAUCAGGGACACAGCAUCGCAGCGCAAACCGCCGCUUUCACGUCUUGGAUUUCCGCGCACCUGCAUGCUGUGACGGCGGAAACGAGGUGCGAGGAUGAUGCGUCUAGCGUGCUCCACGUCCCUGCUGUUUGUGCUGAGGCUGCUGGUGGGCCUGCCUUGGUUCCAGGUUCUGCCGGCCGUCUUGAUCUUCUACCUGGGAACCGGAGGAUGGAGCUUCCUGAAGAUUUUCGCCAAGACAGUUGGCAGAGACUUGCAUGCGGCAUAUGUGCUGUUGCGGGUGAAGAUGAAUGUCAGACGCCACCUCAAAGAGAAGAACACCAUUCCAAAGAUAUUUGCUGAAACGGUGGCCCGCCACGGGGACAAGACGGCGCUGAUCUUUGAGGGGACCGGGGAGAAGUGGACCUUCCGGCAGUUGGACGAGUACUCCAACAGAGUGGCCAACCUGCUGCUGGAGAGGGGCUUCAAGGAUGGCGACGUUGUGGCUCUCUUCAUGGAGAACAGAUCCCAGUACGUGGGCCUCUGGCUCGGCAUGGCCAAAAUCGGAGUCGAGGCAGCUCUCAUCAACUUCAAUUUGAGGAUGGAGGCCUUGGUGCACUGUGUCACCAUCUCCAAUGCCAAGGCCGUGGUGUUUGGCUCAGAGCUGAAUGAAGCCGUGUCCGAGGUCCACGGCUUGAUGGGGAAAGCCGUGCAGAUGUUCUGUUUGGGAGACUUUGACCCCACGCGAGUCCCACGGGGAACCGAGCGCCUCGAGCCGUUGCUGGACAACGCCCUGACCCACCUGCCAAGCCGGCCGCAGCGCUGCUUCACCGAUCGCCUGUUCUACAUCUACACGUCAGGAACCACUGGGAUGCCGAAAGCUGCUAUUGUCGUGCACAGCAGGUACUACCGCAUGGCAGCCUUGGUAUAUUAUGGCUUUAAGAUGACUCCAGAUGACGUGCUGUAUGAUUGCCUUCCGCUCUACCACUCUGCAGGUAACAUUGUGGGAGUGGGCCAGUGCUUAAUACACGGCAUGAGUGUAGUCAUCAGAAAGAAGUUCUCAGCCUCACGUUUCUGGGACGACUGUGCCAAAUACAACUGCACUAUAGUGCAGUACAUUGGUGAGAUCUGCAGAUACCUGCUGAACCAGCCGGUUCGGGACGCCGAGAAGCAACAUCGAGUGCGCAUGGCACUGGGCAACGGCCUGCGCCAGUCCAUAUGGGUGGAGUUCAUGAACCGCUUCAAUGUCCCGCAGAUCGCCGAGUUCUACGGAGCCACCGAGUGCAACUGCAGCCUGGGAAACUUUGGUAACAAGAUUGGCGCAUGCGGCUUCAACAGUCAGAUCCUGCCGUUCAUCUACCCCAUCCGACUGGUGAGGGUUGACGAGGAGACCAUGGAGCUCAUUAGGGGACCUGAUGGCGUCUGUAUUCCCUGCAAACCUGGUGAACCUGGGCAGCUAGUAGGUAGGAUCAUUCAAAAUGAUCCUCUUCGGAGGUUUGACGGCUACGUCAACCAAUCGGCAACCAGCAAGAAGAUUGCUCAGAGUGUCUUCAAGAAGGGAGACAGUGCCUAUCUUUCAGGUGAUGUGUUGAUCAUGGACGACUGCGGACACAUGUUCUUCAAGGACCGCACAGGAGACACUUUCCGGUGGAAAGGAGAGAACGUCUCAACGACCGAGGUGGAGGGGACGCUCAGCCGGCUUUUGGACAUGAAAGAUGUCGUUGUCUAUGGAGUGGAAGUACCAGGAGCAGAGGGAAAGGCUGGAAUGGCCGCCAUCGCCGAUCCAACUCACUCCACUGACCUGGUGAAGUUGGUGAGGGACAUGGAGAAGGCUCUUCCUCCGUAUGCCAGACCCGUAUUCCUUCGCUUCCUUCCAGAGGUCGACAAGACAGGGACGUUUAAGUUUCAGAAGACGGACCUGCGGCGGGACGGCUUUGACCCCAGCGCCGUGUCAGACAAACUUUACUUCAUGGAUUGCAGAACAGCGUCUUACAUGCAGCUGAACGAGGAGCUUUACCACUCCAUAUUAUCAGGAAAACAGAAAUUGUGAUAGGCGGGCUGACCCCUGCAUCUCCACACGCACACAUAGACGCACCCACAGAUACAGGAGAGAAGACCCCAAGAUGGCCGAAAGCAGGACCAUGUCCCCAUAAUCAAAUACAUGUAAAGUGAUUGCCAUACGUACUCCUUUGCACCGAUACUCAAAGGCCCAUUAACACCUACACACACACACACGUCCCUAAAUGCAGUCUUAUGCACGCCACACACACACACACACAGCAUCGCUCCAUCCAUCCCCAGCAACCCUCUUAUUUGGCAACUUGAAACCACCGUUCACAGCCACACAAUCCCUGUUCACACGGGGCUCAAAAAUCCACGGCCGUCCAUCUUGGUCCAUCAAGCCGCGUGUUGCUGAGGGACGUAGCUGAGGGGGAUUUGUGAAGUAGUUGCCUGGCUUCCCGAAAGCAACAACAACAAAAAAACUAUGAAGUACAGAUAUCCACAGACUUAAAAGAUGUUAAGAAGUCAAAUGGAAACCGUACAAAAGUGUUUGUGUUGGACAAUGGGGGAACCCAUAAGGACUGUAUAAUAAGUUUUGCAAAAGACUGGAGGCUCCCUGCACAAUCAGCUGCGACAAACCUGCAUGACAACUUCAGCUUUUCGAGGUUAACUUUAAUUUCUCUGGCACUUGUUUGGUCUUCUUGUCUUAAAUUCCAUUUUCCCGUGUUUCGCAGAGCUUCAGAUGAAAAUAAGUAAAGGAUCCCAAGGUUGUUGUUUUUUUCUUUCAAAAAGGGAACACCAUGUCGGUGUGAGGGAAGCCUUUGUUGCAGACAUUAAAUUAGCCCAGUGGUUGAAGCUGGAAGAUCUAAAGUGAAACAGGGCUCCAGCGUUCGCAGUGCAAUAAUCAGCCGCACCACAUGGGAGCUGAUAUAAAACAAAGAUGUGUUAUUUAAAUAUGUCACACCAAAAAUAUUUAAGUUGUAGUGUUUACUUUGAGUAUUUAAGAUAUGACAUUUUUAUUAUUUGAUGUUUUUGUGAAAGCUUUUCUCUUUUUUUUUUGUUUGUCGUGAAAAUGUAUCUUUUCUUAUUUGCUUUACUUUGUAUCCAAAAUAUGUGCUUUAAUAACUCUCGAAGUCUAAGUCGAGUGAUCUGACUGAAUCAACCCUGGGCUAAACACAUUUCCAGAAACGGGGAUUUAAUACUAAGCUGACAUGCAGUGUGUUUGUGUGGCUGUAUUGUGCAGGUUUUGUCCUCCAAGGUGGUCCCAUCAUACGUGUGUAUAUUUGACUAGACUUGACUAAGGAUGGAGAAGCACCAAAACGUCUGAUCAGCGAGGUCUCGUGUUUUCAACAAGACUGGUGCAGAGGAGGGGAAUGUACUGCCAGAUUCGAGAGAUCCAAAGACCCAAGUCGAUAGUGGAAGGACAUUGUCAUCGCCGUGGAAACGGAGCAGCAGAAGAAGAAGAGAACGCGUGCUUUGUAAUCGUUGGUUUGUAAAUUGUUUGCAGUCGCUGUCAUCAGAGGUUGCGGUAGCAUGAUCGAGCAUCAUCAACCACACAAGCAGAGCACUGUGCCUUACUGUGAGUUCACCUCCCAGAUCCACAGGCCCUGGCCCCCACACGCAGUGUGCUUCCCGCUGUUGGACCGGUUCCAUUCGCCCUCUGUGAAUCUCUAAAAUGUCCUUUUCGCUGCAGCCGCGCGCAAAACUGCCCUCAAUCGUGUCAGCUGAUGUACGUUUUAUUCUGAAGGGCCCGUGGCGGUCCGUCGACCGGCGCCUCCACCCUGCCAGGUGCGGGAAGAGGUUGUGUUGAUGUUUUCUUUGGGGCGAGAGUCCAUGUUUUGCGAGGCAGCUGUCGCAGCAUCUUGUCUGGGACUUCACGCCUCCUCUGCUCUUUGCUUCUACCAAACUGUAACCUUAAAUCGUCUUCUAGAUUAUUUUUAUCCGUGGGUUGUCUUACAGUUGUUGCCCACCCAAAUCUCCAUUAGCUCAUUUUCUUUGCGCAGUCACCCUCCGUCUGCCGAUCAGCCCGAUCCUUUCCAUUCAUCUUACCUUUCUUGCCCCUCUCCGGCGCCCUAACCCUCCCAGCAGGGGUCCUCAGCCGGGUCCGCUUCAUUUUGCUGUUGUGCCGACGAUGGUAAAAUCAGAAGUUGAAUGCAUUUUUAGAUCUCUCCUAUUCGGAGCUCAUUUAGUGUUUUGAUAGAGGUUUCCUUCAUGAGAUUCUUUAAAGACGUCACACAAAGCUCCAACUACACUCUCAAAACUGUCCUCAGAUAUUUUAUUGCCGAUAUGUGUUGUGCGUGGUCUGCCAUUACCCUGUAACUCUUUGUCACGCGUGUCGCCUACGUCACAGCCAGGCUGGGGGUUGUGGAACUAACUGGCUGAAGUGUGGAGGACUAAUCAUUGUCGUUUUUUUUUCUUUGGCUCGUUUGUCUCCCGCGGGCUGAUUUCUCGAUGGGUUUAACUGUCUUUUUAGUUUAACCUUUGCACUGACUGACGCGGGUGACCCUUGACGGCUGCAGUGCUCGUCGGAGUCGCUCUCACCUGUCACUUCCCUGUUUUGGGGGGAGAAAAAGACCGCUGAAGCCGUUUAACUGACCUCUGGAUUCAUCUCUGCUUCCUCUGCGGUUAAAUGAGUCACUGUUUGACUUUUAUUUGUUCUUUAACGGUAAUUGUGACAAAGCAAAUGAGUUACCAAUGAUUCUGAUGAUGUUGUCAAGUAAAGGUUACGUAUCGAAAGAAACACUGUUUGGUUGUUAUGAAGCUUGUGGCUAAGGGUGGGGGGGGGGAGGGUCCACCCUGAACAGGCCUACAGCAGAGCACUAGAUGAGAUGUUUCCAUUUUAUUGUUUGAAAUUAGUUUAAAUUAUUUUUAUUUUUUUGAAGGAACUGUUCAUUAUUCUUGAUUGUUUCACUGCUUUUUGUAUUUGAUUUUGUUUUCUUAGCGUGAAAUCAUGUGAAUUUGGCAUAUAUACAUAUUUUUGGUCUAUAUAUAUGUGUAUAAAAAGGAUUCAUGCAUGAGUAUAAGACAAUCGAAUGGCAGAUGAGAUUGUUCAACUUUUUUUAAUGAAAGAAAAACAGCCAGGGAGCAAACUUUUCUGGAUCCAAUUGGUGCAAUAAUAGACUGAUCAUAUAUGCAUUUCCUGACUUAUAAAUGAUGUUUAAAAAAUACAAAAGUCUAUUACAAACCAGAUAGGUCAUCUGAAGCCCUCAUGAGAGUGGGGGCUCCUGUGGGAUGGCGUUUUGAGGUUAAUGUUUGACCAGAAGGGGGCGCCCUGUCCUUUAUCAGAAUAUUUCCAUGGAAUCAUUUAAUCUUGUCUGGAUGAGGCUGAUGAAAAAUCCAAUUUAUCAACUAAAUUUGAAGUAUAUUUCCAUAUUGUAAAUAGUGGGCUAUUAUUAUUAUUAUUAUUAUUAUUAUUCACUUGACGUGUUUCGUUCCUAUAUUUAAGAGUAAUUAAAUUCUGCAUAUUUCAAAGUCAUUACACAACGCCUCGAAACAAUAUAAACCUGCGACCAAAUACAUUUAUUUUUUGGGGGGGGCCAUGGUUUAUUUAGUUGACAAAGUCAAGAUAUUUCUGAUUACGCUGUAAACAAUAAACGAUGGGUGAAGCUCAAGUCUCCUAAUGUCACAGUUGAGCUUUGCGCAUGGAGAUCGUUGAUCCAGAAGCCCUGGCUGUGCCGCCGGUCUCACUGUCCCUCAUGCCUCUGAUCAACAUUUUCUCACACUGCUUUUUGCACUUUUCGUUUGUCUAUUUUCCCCCGUGUCGCCCUUUCCUCUUUUUUCAUUACUUUAUUUUUUUUGUCUCAUUGCACAGGCUCUCUCCCUGUGCAGUGUGUGUGUGUGAGGUGUGUGUGUGUGAGUGUGUAUGUGUGUGUGCGCGUGCGUGACAAACACAGUACAUUGAUGUCCUCUUGUCUACUGAACUUGCUGUAUGCACCAUGCGUUUCAAGAAAAUGAGAUAAGAGCAGUGCUGCAAAUGGGAAAUCAUUAUUAAUAAAAACCUAUUUAAAUUGUU